GCCGGGGUGCCCGGCCCGGCGAGCUGCUUGCUGUUAUUUAUACGAGCCUCAUGGCCGCUUGCAUCAGUCGUUUGCCCUUGUGGCCUCUCCCCCCUCUCACAUCCGUCCUGCUCCUGCCCUCCUGCUGCUCACCAAGGAAGAAGAGGGACUCACCACCACUUGUUCAUCUUUAGAGCAAGACAUACUACGAGGAGUGGCCCGGCCGUCGCCGCCGACCACCAAAAGGGCCGGAAAGGCCUCUCGCUUGUGCGUGCAGCUCGGCGCCUGCCAUCUUGCUUUCCAAGGCUCUUCCCCUGCCCCGUCUCAUAAUUAGAAUCGCCGCCAUUUCCAAAUCCUUCCUGAGCUGCUCGAGUGCCGAUCAGAAAUGAAGAGGCAGUCGAAGAGGCCCGCCAGCAGCCAUGAAUCCACAGAAGAAGGGGAGAAGCUGGCGGUCGCGUUGGACGAGGCCCUAACGGCGCGCAACAUGGAGCACGAGGAGGCCGAGCUGGACGACGUGAACGACGACGACGACGAGCUCGCCGGCGGCCGCUCGGCGCGGUCGCCGUGCGGGCUGGGCGAGAAGAAGCGGCGCCUGGCGGCGGAUCAGGUGCGCGCGCUGGAGCGGUGCUUCGAGACGGACAACAAGCUGGACCCCGACCGCAAGUCCCGCAUCGCGCGCGACCUCGGCCUGCAGCCGCGCCAGGUCGCCGUCUGGUUCCAGAACCGCCGCGCCCGCUGGAAGACCAAGACGCUCGAGCGCGACUUCGCCGCGCUGCGCGCCCGCCACGAGGCCCUCCGUGCCGACUGCGACGCGCUCCGCCGCGACAAGGACGCACUCGCCGCCGAGAUACGGGAGCUGAGGCAGAAGCUGUCCAAGCCGGAGGCGGCGGCGAAGCUGGAGGCGGCCGCCAAUGACUCCGCGGAGGAGCGCCAGGCGACGGUCGGCGCGUCGGCCGCGGCGAUCUGCAAGGACGGCUCCUCGGACAGCGACUCCAGCGUGGUGUUCAACGACGUCGAGGCGUCGCCGUACUCCGGCGCGGCGUUCGAGCAGACGGCCUUCGCUGGGUUCGGUCCACCGUUCUUGGACACGUCGGCAGCGACGACGACAGGCUGCUCGCCCCUCUCCAUGUUCGAGACCAAGUGGCAGCAGGCGCCGGCAUACCCAUACGACUCGUACAAGAACGGUGGCGGCUAUGGCUUCACGGAGGAAUGGCUCGCCAGCUCGGACGUGAUCGGCAGCGGCGACGGCGCGGCUAGCUUCUUCUCCGAGGAGCACGCCUCCAGCCUCAACUUCGGCUGGUGCGCGAGCGGCACCGAGGCCUGGGAGUGAGGAAGCUUUUGAUCUCCACGGUUAGUGUAAACAAAACAAGCGGCAAUGUUACGGUGGCAUUGUACAUCCAUGGAGCUUAUAACGGUGAAUGUUAAGCUCCAACAAGGCACCUAGUGAUCUAGACUUCUAGUAGUGGCCAAAGCUGGCGGACAUCCAAGUAUCCAACGCAAGGCAGGAACACUGGAACGAAACCAGCAGCCAGUAACAAUAACGGUGAAUUUUAGGCAGGCUAAUGGAGGAUGUAAAUGUUAAGAGGCCGUCCUGCUCCACCGCCUCCUGUCUUUUUGCGGUGGACCACUUGGAUGCAACGAAUCAGCAACGGUAGCGUACUAGGGGGGAAAUGGGAAAUUAUAAGCAUGAUGCAAUUUAGGAUUUUAUGAUUUCUGAUGAAAUAAAACAUACUGUCUCUAAUCAAAAUAAGUGUUAGUACUAGAGUGCUUUUGUGCAUAAUUAGGAAAUAUUACAAGGGCCUGGGUGUGUAUGAUGAACGGACAAAGACCAAGAAUGAAGAAGGUAAAUUUUGUGUUA